GACGUCAUAGUUAAAGAGCGAGAGAGGCAUAGAGAGAUCCGUUAUUUGGUUACAAACUAGGCUGGAAAGCAAGGAUUUUUGUUGAAAAACAAUUAAAUUAUCAUGAUAACUGUUAUUUUAACAUAGCUAAGUGAAGGUGUUUAUCGGCUUUACCCGCAUACAGUUUGGCAGAAGCUCGAGGAGAGAGGGGGAGCUGGAGAGGGGGGGACUGAGGUUGUGGGUUUCGUGCAGUGAUCUGUCUCAACUCAGGAUGAUGCGGUAUCACACCUUCCUAGCGGUCUGCUUGGACUGAGCGACGCCCUUCACAGCAGUCGAUGCGGCCUGUUGCCGCAUCGCUCGCGGCUGAGAACACAGCAUGUCUCGCGCUUCCUCUACCGCCAAGCGCUACACCGGCUCGUACUCCAGCUCCUCCUACGGUCACUAUGGGUCCUACGGCUCCUCGCUGUCGCCCGCGCUCGACUCCUACAGCCCGAGGGAGCGGCUGCCCUACAAGAGCCCCGCCUCCAGCUACCUGAGCAGCAGCGCAGCCCGCGCCCGCAACUACAGCACGUCCACGGAGCUGGACCGCGGCCGGGCCGCCCCGCGCAGCGACCUGCUGGCCGGCAGGCGCAGCGAGAGCCUGAGCCGCGCCCCGGCGAGGAGCUACGGCUCGGGGCUGAGCGGGGGGGGCACGGGGGGCUACUCCUCGGUGCAGUCCAGCUACCUCUCCUCCUCGCCGAGCUCCUCCAGCGUGGCGCUGAGCCGGCGCCGGUCCGUGAGCCAGACGGACCUGGCGCGGGACCUGUCCUCCCUGACGCUGGGCGAGUCCUCCUACUCCUCCGGGAGCGGCCUGAGGACGGCCCACCGAAGCCGGGCCAGCGACAUCGCCGACUCCUACACCCACAGCCGCUCCACCUACAGCCUCUCCCGCAGCUCCACCCAGGACGGCCUCGCCCCCAGCUGCUCCAGCUCUCCUUCACGGGACUACGCGAGCUCAAAGGGUGGGCAAGGUGCGGUGGGACUGCGGAAUCUGGGGAACACUUGCUUCAUGAACUCAAUCAUUCAGUGUCUGAGUAACACUCGAGACCUGCGAGAUUACUGUCUACAUAACUCCUACCGCAGAGACCUUAAUAACAGCCACAAUACAGCACUCAUGGAAGAGUUUGCCAAGCUCAUCCAGACACUGUGGUCAUCAUCAGGCAGUGAGGCCGUCAGCCCCUCAGAGUUCAAAACCCAGAUUCAGAAGUACGCUCCCAGAUUUGUGGGCUAUAACCAACAGGAUGCUCAGGAGUUUCUGCGUUUCCUACUUGAUGGGCUACACAAUGAUGUGAAUCGGGUCACGGUCAGGCCCCGGGGACACAUGGAAGAUUUUGAUCACUUGCCAGAUGAUGAGAAAGGGAAACGAAUGUGGAAUAAAUAUCUGGAAAGAGAAGACAGCAAAAUCGUUGAUGUGUUUGUUGGCCAGCUAAAGAGCUCGUUGACUUGCAGUGAUUGUGGCUACUGCUCUACAGUAUUUGACCCCUUCUGGGACCUCUCCCUGCCCAUCGCCAAGAAAGGCUAUGGGGAAGUGAGUCUGAUAGACUGUGUGAGACUCUUCACCAAAGAGGACGUGCUGGAUGGGGAUGAGAAACCGACAUGCUACAGAUGUAAAGCCAGAAGAAAAUGCACAAAGAAAUUUACAAUUCAGAAAUUUCCGAAGAUCCUGGUGCUGCAUCUGAAACGCUUCUCUGAGGCUCGGAUCAGAACCAGUAAACUGUCCACCUUUGUCAACUUCCCCAUGAAGGACUUAGACCUCAGAGAGUUUGCAUCUGAAAACAGAAUUAAUGCAGUCUAUACCCUGUAUGCAGUGUCCAAUCACUCAGGUACCACUAUGGGCGGACACUACACAGCGUACUGCCGUAACCCCACCACUGACGAGUGGUACACCUUCAAUGACUCCAGAGUAACGCCAAUGUCCUCCAGCCAAGUCCGCAGCAGUGACGCCUACGUGCUGUUCUACGAGCUGUCCAGCUCCUCCCGAAUCUGAGUCCAAGCAGGGGGGAACAGGGCAGGGGUGGCACAUCACACACAGGGGAGUCAUUUACCAGCCCCCCCCACCCCACCCGAAAAACCAGGAGGAGGACGUUUCAGCAGGAGAAACUGCCCCCCACACAUCUAGCAUGCCGGCAGGUGGCAUGAACAGUAUCCCAGCAUGCCGUUCUCUCUCUCCCUCUCCUCCGAGAGAUCAGAACAGAGGGAGCAAUGAUGUCACCUCCCGCCAGCAAUCCAGCAAACAAAACCCCACCUGAGAUGUCUAUGCACUGCAGCUCAGACUCAUCCCCCUGCUGUUUUCACUCUCCAGAUCACCACAAAAUAAAGACUGCUUUCAUUUUUGAAUUUUGCUUUGGAUUAUCUGGUUAGUUUUUGUAUUUGCAGUUUCCCUCACCCUGGACGCUGGAGGGUUUUUUUUGUGGCGCCCUCUGCUGGGACAUUUGGGUGUGAGAGUAUUCCAGUUUCCUCAAAGCUGCAGGCAUAUAUAUGCACAUAACAACUCCUGACCCAUUUAGUAUUGUUUUUCUUUCACACUCCUGCUUCUCAUCAUUGUCUGUGUCGGUCUGUCUCAGUGUCCAGCGUCUGACUGACUCUCUGCUACCCCCUACUGGGUUUUGCUGUUGAAAGCCUGCACUGCACACACAGGAUGCCUGUAACGUCAGUGUGGCUGCUACUGACAUUUUAAAGUGCUGUGAAUGAACGAACAAUCCAGAAACAGUCUACAGUAUGGAUUCAUCACUGAUUUCAUGCCAUUGAACAACAUGGAAAGAAUGUUUUGAAAACACUAUAUAUGUAUAUUUUUAUAUUAUGAUGCAAUAUAGAGAAUGUACUAUACAGUGGUGCUUAAAAUGACCCAUUACUGUUUUCGGUAAAUUUAACAGGUGAAAGAAAAUACUUAUUUAUGCUUACUGAUGAGAAAUGUGAUGUCACACUUUUUAACAGUGGCACAUAAUACACACACACACACACACACUCAACACACUCAUAUAAAUAAAAACAGAUGCUGUGUAUUUCUGUAUUCCCAUUUUCUGGUAAAUGUUUUUGGGAUGGGAUUGUUCAGAAAUGUCAUUCGUUUUUACUUGAGGGUAUAUCCAAGAUGGUUUCUAUAUCUGCCUUGCACUAAUAAUAUAAUUUGUGUUCUACGAACCGUA